AUGGGCAAAAAGAAACGCGGUCACCCCGAUGUGGAGGAGCUCCUUGCGCGGCCAUGGUGCUAUUACUGCGAACGAGACUUUGAAGACCUGAAGCUCCUGAUUUCCCAUCAGAAGGCGAAACACUUCAAGUGCGAAAGAUGCGGGAAGCGAUUAAACACCGCUGGAGGUCUCUCGGUGCACAUGAACCAAGUGCACAAAGAAACCCUCUCAAGCGUCGAGAAUGCACUGCCAAACCGGCAAGGCCUUGACGUCGAGAUCUUCGGCAUGGAGGGUGUCCCCGACGACAUUGUGCAGCAGCACAACCAACGCAUCAUCCAGAACUUCUACACUGCCCAGGCCGAGAGGCAAGCCGCCACGGGGAAUCCGCCGCGAGGGCAAUCGGGCGGCCAGGGGCCAGCAAAGAAGCUCAAGUACGAGACGCCGGAGGAGCUCAAGAAACGGCUGGCCGAGCACCGCGCAAGGGUCGCUGCCCAGAAGGCUGCGGCCGCAAAUGGCGUCGCUCCCGCCGCUGCACCGAUUGACGGCCAGAGCCCAGCACAAGGCGUAAGCACUCCUCACCGGCUCCCCUUCCCUCCCGACAGUCAAGUCUCACCGCACCUCUCCAAACAGGCCUCCCCUUUCCAGCCUCCACAGGCCGGCUACCCGUACCCUGCCGCGGGCGUACCCGGCGUGGCUACCUAUCCCGCAACACAGACCUACCCGCCGACAGCUACGUACCCACCGGGCCCCUCACCACCUCCGGGCGUGACAGCUCCGUUCCCUCUCCCGGCCAGACCGCCCGGUGGGGCUGCCGCACCUGGCGCUGCCCCCCCUUACUAUUACAAUGGCUCCGGCGCGCCAGCGCCAGGCUUCCCCGGUGCUCCCGGCGCGGUCCCCUCGACGGUGGACGACCUGGUUGCGAACGCGGCAAGACAGGGCGGUGGCGCGGCGGACGAUAUCGACCAGAUGAUACGGAUGGCCGAGGCGGGCAUUCGGCCGCCUGCUGCCAAGAACGGGACCCAGACAGAGGAAGGAGGAGGAGCGGCGGGCGAGAGGAAGAAGAAGGAGAUGCGGAUGGUGUACGCGGACACCGAGGUCAGCCCGGAGGAAAAGAUGGCUUUGCUGUCGCGGUAUCGGUGGACGGAGGAGACCGCUGCUUGA